AUGAGGGCCACGCAGCUCGCUCCAAACCAGCCUCUCGCCUUCAUGCGCCAAGGUGCGGCGUGGCUGGCGUUGGGCAAGAAGGACGAAGCCAAGGCCGCCUUCACCCAAGGCUACCAAGCCGCAACCACCACCGGCAGUAGCGCUGCCGCCACCACUCCCCUCCCCGCGUCCUCCUGCGCUGACCUUGAGUUCGCGCUGCGCCUGCACACGCUCUCCCUCGACCCCUCCUCCCCGCUAUCCCCAACGCCCAAGCUCGCUUCUCCCUCUCAGCAGACUCCCUCUGCAAACGCGUCUCCUGCGUCUCCUUCCUCUGCGAAUCCCCCUCGCACACCGUCUCCCUCGUCCUCACAUCGCGCUCCUGCUGCCACUUCUGCUGCCCAGAAUGGGUGUGUGAUUGUAGAGACGGGCUCUGGGGAUGCAUCAUCACGUAGUGCAAAAGAGAAGGGGGCCAAUGGGGAGGUUGCAACUGUGGAGGCGCGGGGAGAUGCUUCACCUAAGGAGCAGAAGAAAGAGGGGAAGAAGAAGGGGGGUCGAGAAGGAGAGAGAAGGGAAGGGAGUGGCGGAGGCGAGGACAGAGGGAAAGGGAGCAGUGGCGGAGGGAAGGGGUUGGGAGGAGCACGCGGCAGCCUGGCAUUGGAUUUGUUGAUUUCCCUUGGGAUCAACCAAGUCAAUUCAGGCAAGCUUGACGAUGCUGUCAAGACCUUCAAUCAGGUUCUGGAGACAGACGGGCGGGCGCUGGGUGCGCUGGUGGGGCGGGGCACAGCACGGGCUCUGCAGCGCAAGCUCAAAGAGGCCGUGGCUGAUUUCACUGCUGCGAUUGAGAUUGAGCCGCGGGCAGCAGAGGCGUGGAAGCGGCGAGCGCAGGCGAGGGCUGCUCUGGGGCAGAUGGACGAGGUGAUUGAGGAUUUCACUCGAGCGUUCACCAUCGACCCCUCGUCCACGGAUGUGCUAGCUGAGAGGGGAGUGGUGUAUGUGAAGCAGCGCAACUACCGUGCAGCCAUUUCGGAUCUAAAGACCUCUCUGGAUUCCAAUCCGAAAGAUGCCAACGCGUAUAACUUCCUGGGCUUGGCGCUGACGGGCACAGGGGCGUGCAUGGAGGGCGUUGCGGCGUACAAGAAGGCUGUGGCCCUGCGCGCAGAUUUCAAGGAUGCGUGGGUUAACAUGGGGCAGGCUUAUAAGGAGUACGGCGAUGCAGAAAACGCAGCCAAGUGCUACCAGAAGGCAUUGGACGCGGACUCAAGCUUUGCCACGGUGUACCGCUACUGGGCGCUGCUCAAGCACGGCGUGGGCGACCACAGAGGCGCGUCCCAGAUGGCGCAAAAGGGGCUGAGGUUGGAGAGGAGCAACAUCGAGCUCAUGUACUCGUAUGCCUCCUCCGAGCAUGCCGUGGGGGAAUACGCCACUGCCGUGCGCACGUAUGAUGAGAUGCUGGGCGUGGAGACAGACUCGGAGUCGAAGCUGCUGCAGUUCCUCGGCUUCUACCAGCGCGAGAUUGCUCUCUACACUCUCUCCAAGCACUCCCACCCGCUCGCCCACUUCAGCCUUGACAGAGACCUCGACCCCUUCUUCAAGGAAGCGUGGUGCAAGAAGCUUCCCCCCACGCUGCUCUUCCCAGGCUACACCACCCAGCCAGUCCCACCCUCCAUCGCCGUGCGUCUGGGCAAGAAAGCCUCCUCUGCUGCAGGGGGCAGCAGCAGCGGCGGUGGCAGCAGCGGCAGUGGCGGCGGUGGUGGCGGUGGGGGCGGCAAGAGCGGUGGGAAUCCCGAGGUGCAGAGGCUGCUGGAACUAGCUGAUCGGAUAGGCCGGCUCACGCAGUACUCGUGCCCUGGCUUCCAUGCCAACGUCCGCCAGUAUCGCAUGGCGGGCCUUGCUGCCAUAGAAAUCGCCCAGGCUGUAGCAGCCGCUUGGGAACAGCGCGAGGAGGAGGCUGCUGCUGCUACAGCUGCUGCCGCUGCUGCUACAGCUGCUGGUAGCGCAUCUCCUGCUUCCGCUGCAGCAGCAGCCGUUCUUGCUGAGCUGGAGGAUGGAGGCACUGACAUGUCGUCCUUCUCCAAGUCAUCAUCUGCUGACGUGUCAUUGUCUCCUGUGCCUUCCUCUGAUGACGUGUCAUCACUUCAUUUGGACGAUUCUCUGAUGGAUGAUGGGGGUAGCAGCAGUGGAAGCGAGGCAGUGGCAGGCGGAAGCAGAAGUCAGGAGGAGAGGAGGAAGGGAGGGAAAAGUGGUGGGGGAAAAGGAGGGAAGAGCAAGGGCGGAAAGGGAGGAGGGCGGGGGAAAGGAGGAGGUGGAAGCGGAGGGAAAGGUGUCUCUGCAAGCGCAGCAGGGGUUGGGGCAGGCUCAGGCGCAGGGCAAGGGAAGGGGGGUGUGACAACAAAGGGAGUGCAGAUAAAGGGGUGGAGGGAUGCAUACUCCAUUGCUGUGCGCUGGAGGCAGCUGUCAGAGCCGUGUGACCCGGCUGUAUGGGUGGACAUGCUCACGGAGAAAGAGUUUCGAGCGGGCUUUGGGUCUCACACACCCAUACUUAUUGGGCAGACUAAGGUGGUGCGCUACCAUGCUAACUUCGACAGGGCGUUUGCAAUAAUGAAGGAGGAGAUGCUGCGGUCGGGUGCGGUGCACAACGCUGCUAACAACCGAGUGGCCGUCGAUGCACCCGCCCAGAAAGCAGCUGUGGCCUCAGCCAAGGCGUGUGAGGAUCUGUAUCGGGUGGUGGGGGAGGAUUUCUGGAUCGUCACGCCCUGCUACAGCAUGGUGGACCCGGGGAAGGUUCUCGAGGGCACACGACUCACCCUUGUGAAGACCCCCACGGGGUUUGACUUUGCCAUCCGCACGCCCGGCACGCCCUCACGCUGGGCGGACUACGACGCAGAGAUGGCAGCUGCAUGGGAGGACUUGUGCGCAGUGGUGGGGGAGAAGAUGCAGGGGGGGGCAUGGAGGCCGCCUCUUGGUCCUUCUAUGGCACGAUUCCAGCGAGCCGUGCUGCGCCUCGCCUACUACUGGUACAACUUCAUGCCGUUGGCACGUGGAACAGCCAUGGUGGGGUAUGUGGUGACACUGGCGCUCUUCCUCGCGGCCCAACUUCAGGUCACCGCCACCAUCCCGGCCAAACUGCAGGCAUGCACUCCAGCACAUGUGUGGAAGGGAGCAAGAGACACAUGUGUGGCAUUUCUGCAUGUGUUGUCACCGCUUCUGCCUGCCCGCGCUCAUGUCCACCGUUUUAUCCUUCUUGUAAACUCGCCUGUCCUCACGAAUCCUUACCCCGCCCCACCCAUCUCCUUCCCCCCCUUCCCUGCUCUCCCCAAACGUCGGCAGGUGGACUGGGAGGCGAUUCUCUCAUCGCGCUUUGAAACCUUUGCCUCGGCAGUCAUGCCAUGGCUCUCCCCCUCAGUCACGCCCCUCACCGACCCCACGCUGCCCUCCUUCCCCUUGCUCACCUCCACCCUGCCCACCGUCGCGUCUGCUGUUGCCGCCCUCUCCUCGCCCCCAACAUCCUCCCUGACGCAGCGGCUGCGUCCGACUGGUCAGAAUCUUUCCCGUGCGCACGCCUCCCCCUCGAGCAGCCUGCCUCGCUCCGCUCCUUGCGCCCCUCCCAUGCCUCUUCUCCCCCUUGUGCCCUUUCCCUUUGGCGCGACCUACAGCGUGGUUGCGAGGCGGCGAUGCUUCCGACGGGGUAGCUCCUAUUCUUCCUGCCACUCCCCUCGCCCCUCUCGCCCCUUUUCUUUCCGCUGCCGUGGCCGCCGUUUCCCUCCCCUUCCCCCUCCCCCGGCGCUUCCCAGCGCCACUUUGAUUUCUCCCGCCAUUCACCACCAGCAACCGGUGCGCCGCUGCCAUUUUCCCCCCUUGGCGGACUUCCCCCAGCUGUCUCAUUUCUUCCCGGACUACAACCCCGCCUUCCCCCCGUGUUGCCCCUCCUUGCUCCCCCACAGCCCUUCCCCCAUUUCCUGCGUCCGCCCGCCAAUCAGGAGAGAGCACGAGGGCGCUCGAGCUCCCCUCUGCGUGAAGCGCGCCGAGCUGGCGCGGAAGGAGGCGGGUGAGGAGCGGGAGAAGCAGCAGCGCGGCAGAGUUCAUCCCCGCGACUCGCGCAGAUCGGCGGAAACGUGGGAUGGGAGUGCGUGGGAUGGGAGUGCGUGGGAUGGGAGUGCGUGGGAUGGGAGUGCGUGGGAUGGGAGUGCGUGGGAUGGGAGUGCGUGGGAUGGGAGUGCGUGGGAUGGGAGUGCGUGGGAUGGGAGUGCGUGGGAUGGGAGUGCGUGGGAUGGGAGUGCGUGGGAUGGGAGUGCGUGGGAUGGGAGUGCGUGGGAUGGGAGUGCGUGGGAUGGGAGUGCGUGGGAUGGGAGUGCGUGGGAUGGGAGCGCGUGGGAUGGGAGUGCGUGGGAUGGGAGUGCGUGGGAUGGGAGUGCGUGGGAUGGGAGUGCGUGGGAUGGGAGUGCGUGGGAUGGGAGUGCGUGGGAUGGGAGUGCGUGGGAUGGGAGUGCGUGGGAUGGGAGUGCGUGGGAUGGGAGUGCGUGGGAUGGGAGUGACGAGUUGCGUUGUGAUAGGGGCGCAUUUCUGAUUGGUUUGCCGCGCUUCGAUGUACUGGCGACCCACGGGCGCGCGCGAGCGGCGCGAAUGACGCUGCCGCACCACAGCUGCCUCACGCCCAUGUUCAUGCCCGUGGGCACGCAAGGCACAAUCAAAGGCCUGACAGCGCAACAAUUAGGCGAGCUGGGCUGCCAGGUGGUGCUGGGGAACACAUACCACCUCGCCAACCGCCCCGGCGCUGACGUCAUCGCUGAGGCGGGCGGGCUGCAUGCGUUCAUGGACUGGCCGCGUGGACUGCUCACCGACUCGGGGGGGUUCCAGAUGGUGUCGUUGCUGCACCUGGCGGACAUCACAGAGCAGGGGGUGGAGUUCCAGUCGCCAGUGGACGGCACGCGCAUGCUGCUCACGCCUGAGGAGUCCAUUGCUAUUCAGAACAAGAUCGGUGCUGACAUCAUCAUGGCUCUGGAUGACGUGGUCAGCAGCCUGGUGUCAGGCCCGCGCAUCGAGGAGGCGACACAUCGCACGCUGAGGUGGAUGGACCGAUGCAUGCAGGCCCACAGCCGGCCGCACGACCAGAACCUCUUUGGGAUUGUGCAGGGAGGGCUGGACCCUAAGCUCAGGGACAUCUGUCUGAAGGGGCUCAUUGACAGAGACCUACCCGGGUACGCUGUUGGUGGGUUGGCGGGCGGCGAGGACAAGGAGUCGUUUUGGCGUGUAGUGGCGCAGUGCACGGCAGCCCUGCCGGCCAACAAGCCAAGAUACGUCAUGGGAGUGGGGUACCCAUUGGACAUAGUGGUGUGCUCCGCCCUGGGGGCAGACAUGUACGACUGUGUCUACCCCACGCGCACGGCACGCUUCGGCACGGCUCUGAUACCAGAGGGCGUGUUGAAGCUCAAGCAUGCUGCAAUGGCGAAUGACCACCGCCCCAUCGACCCCUCCUGCUCCUGCCUGGCGUGCCGCAGCUUCUCACGCGCCUACCUGCACUCGCUGGUGACCAAGGACCCUGUUGGCUGCCACCUGCUCACCAUCCAUAACAUCGCUUACAUGAUGCAGCUCACAAGGUCAAUGCACAACGCCAUUCUUAAUAACACCUUCCCCAGCUUUGUGGUUGAUUUUCUCCAAAAACAGUUCCCGCGGGGCGACGUGCCGCAGUGGGUGCAGGCGGCCAUGCAGGCUGCUGCCAUUGACAUUUCCCCAGCUCUGCACCCGGCCCGCGUGUUGUGA